AAGCAUAGCAACUAUUGUACUAGCCCCCUCUAAUCUUUUCUUCCAACCAAAAUUCAUAUUCUCUACAUUACUAAACAUUAACAGAACAGAACAGAGCUUUAAUCUCCCCUGCCUCUUCUAACAACUCUCCACCAUUUUUACUCUGUCCCUCUUCAUCUCUAACAACCCCUUCUUUUUGGUCAACAAAACAACCAUUGUCAUAGUUGUUUAACCUCCCAUUCUGUAUCUACAGAUAUAUAAGUUUAUGAAUUUGUGAAGGAAGUUGCAAACAGAACAAAAAUGAUGACAUGCAGAAGAAGUGUGCAUCACCAUCUUUAUUCUGUAGUUGCUGUGUUUUUCUUCAUUUUUGCUUCUUCCACAGCUCUAAACUUAGAUGGAACUCUCCUACUUUCUUUCAAAUACUCCAUUCUUAGUGACCCUUUGUCAGUUCUUGAGAACUGGAACUACAAUGACAUAAAUCCAUGUUCAUGGACUGGCAUCACUUGUGGCCAAGUUGGCUUAAGCCCAGCUGACAAUUUUCGAGUCACGAGUCUAGUCCUCCCAAACUCCAGUCUUCUUGGUUCAAUCCCAGAAGAUUUGGGUUUAAUACAAUACCUCAGAACUCUUGAUCUGUCAUCAAAUUUCAUGAAUGGUACUUUACCAGGUUCUCUUUUUAAUGCUUCAGAGCUUCAAGUUCUUUCAUUAUCCAACAAUGUCAUAUCUGGUGAGCUUCCAAAAUUAAUCCCUGGCCUAAAGAAUCUCCAGGUACUUAAUCUCUCCGAUAAUGCAUUGGCCGGUAAGGUCCCGGAAAGUCUUACUUCUUCACAGAAUCUCACUGUUGUUUCUUUGAGAAGUAACUACUUUUCUGGCUCAGUUCCUAGUAAAUUUCAGUCUGUUGAAGUCUUAGAUCUAUCUUCAAAUAUGUUUAAUGGUUCUUUGCCUUUGGAAUUUGAUGGUGAACACUUGCAGUACUUGAAUCUUUCUUACAAUAAGUUCUCAGGUCCAUUUCCUUUAGAUUUCACAAAGAAGCUUCCAGUAAAUGUAUCCAUUGACCUCUCAUUUAACAAUCUUACCGGUGAAAUCCUGCAAUCCUCAGCCUUAUCAAACCAAAAACCUGAGUCUUUCUUGGGAAAUGCUGAUUUAUGUGGCAAACCAUUGAAAAAGAUUUGCUCAAUUUCUUCAACAUUAACAACCCCUCCAAAUAUCACCACAGCAAACAAUUCAGCUCCAGCUAUUGCAGCCAUUCCUAGAGACUUCAACUCGAGCCCAUCCUCGAAUCAAAAUCAAAAUCAGAAGCAGCAUGGACUAAAACCAGGCACUAUUGCCACAAUCAUAGUGGCUGAUCUAGCCGGGCUCGGAUUACUUGUCAUGAUACUACUUUAUGUCUACCAGGUGAAGAAGAAGAAACAAAAAGAUAUCUCUAAUGCAAGUUAUGAUAAGAAAGGACCCGCGCCAUCAAUCAGUUCAGCUGUUGGCGCGGGGACUUCAUUUGAGAUUAGUAAGUUCGGUCCCAAGUGUGGAGAAUGGUCUUGCACGAGCCUGACUGCCAGCGAAGACAUGUCAGGCUCCGAGAGUGAAGACCAUAAAAAGUUGAGUAACAUUAAUGCAGAGGAGAUCAAAAAGUAUGCCAUGGAAAAAUCUCUGGUGAUAGUGGAUGGAGAGACCAAGUUAGAAGCUGAGACAUUGUUGAGGGCUUCAGCUUAUAUAUUGGGAUCAAGUGGAGGGAGUAUAGUGUACAAAGCUGUGCUAGAAGACGGUGUUGUUUUUGCUGUAAGGAGGAUUGGAGAAAGUGGAGUUGAGAAGCUCAAGGAGUUCGAGACUCAAGUGAAGGCCAUUUCUAAAUUGCGCCACCCCAAUUUGGUUACGGUUAGAGGAUUCUAUUGGGGUGAAGAUGAGAAGCUUCUUAUUUCUGAUUAUAUCUCCAAUGGAAGCUUAGCCAGCGCUGGCCAUAAAAGAUUUGGUUCAUCACCAUCGCAUCUACCAUUCCAAGUUCGACUAAACAUUGCCAGAGGAAUUGCUCGGGGAUUGGCUUAUAUCCAUGACAAGAAACAUGUUCACAGCAACAUUAAACCUAGCAACAUUCUCUUGACAACUGACAUGGAGCCUGUUAUAAGUGACCUAGGCCUUCACUGGCUGAUAUCAGGAAAACACAAGUACAAAACUGAUUGUUCUACGCGACAUUUUGGUUCCAAGAGGUGCACGUCUUCAAGCGAAGGACCCCAAGACCAUCCCUCAUCUAGCAGUCCCUACAUCGAGCCUAAUGGCUUCAUGGGGUGCACAUCUCCGUACCAUGCACCCGAGUCGCUCAAGAGCCUCAAGCCCAACCCCAAGUGGGAUGUCUACUCAUAUGGCAUAGUGUUGCUUGAGCUACUGACAGGGAAAGUGUUUUCAGACAGGGAGUUGAGCCAAUGGACAGGAGGACUCCAUGACGUGGACAGAAAUCGCGUUCUGAUGAUGGCAGACGUGGCGAUCAGAGGUGAUGUGGGCGGCCGAGAGGACGCCAUGUGGGCAUGCUUUAAGUUAGGGUUCAGCUGUGCCUCAUUGGUGCCACAAAAGAGACCUUGCAUGAAAGAUGCAGUACAAGUUCUUGAGAAAAUAGUGGCAGCAUCUUCACGUUGCUAGUGAAUGAUACGUUUGGUUAAAAGCCAGUAUCUAUUGUUGGAUUUAAAGGUAUAUACUUUUGGUCUUUUUUGACUAAGAAAGUUUGAUGCAUAAUUUAAAGUGUGUCUCGUGUAACCAAGUAUGAAGAAUAUGUUGUAUGUUUAUUUCAUCAUUGUUUCUUAAUUUAUAAGCUGUGUCUUUCUUUUUACUCUA